UGCUUGGCAAUUGUCAUUGUCAAAACAAUCAAAUUCUCAUUCAUUGAAAUAAGCGGCGGGUGAGUGACCGGACGCAACGCGGUCUUUUAUAAAUAGUCUAUCCAUCAAAACUGUUCCAAGAUGAAAGGCGACAAGAACGUAGAUGUUCAAGCUUUAAAAGACAUUGCUAAUAAGCUAAGAAUUGACAGCAUCGUUGCCACAAACGCGUCCAAGUCCGGUCACCCAACAUCAUGUGCGUCUAUGGCGGAGAUCAUGUCUGUCCUGUUCUUCCACACCAUGAGGUACAAGGUGUCAGCUCCCAGAGAUGCUUCAGCGGACAGAUUCAUUUUGUCCAAGGGUCAUGCUGCUCCCAUCCUUUACGCGGCAUGGGCUGAAGCCGGUCUGUUCCCCGUAGAAGACCUGAAGAACUUGCGUAAACUAGAGUCAGACCUUGAAGGUCAUCCGACUCCCAGACUGAGCUUCGUGGAUGUAGGCACCGGAUCACUCGGUCAAGGCUUGGCUGUAGCCGCUGGCAUGGCGUACGUUGGCAAAUACUUCGACCAGGCUCCAUACAGAGUAUACUGUUUGGUUGGUGACGGUGAGGCGGCCGAAGGAAGUGUAUGGGAAUCACUGCACUUCGCCAGCCACUACAAGCUAGAUAACUUGGUGGUUAUAUUCGAUGUCAACCGCCUCGGACAGUCAGAGCCCACUUCUCUGCAGCACCAGCUGGAUGUUUACGACGCUCGUGUCAAGUCAUUCGGCUUCCACUCCCUGGUCGUGGAUGGUCACGAUGUCUCUGAACUAGUGAAGGCAUUCGACGAGGCGGCCACCACAUCUGGAAAACCCACCGCCAUAAUCGCUAAGACCUUCAAGGGUAGAGGAUUUCCGGGUAUCGAGGAUUUGGAGAACUGGCACGGAAAAGCUUUGGGCGCUGAGGGCGAGAAAAUCAUUAAGCACCUUCAGUCUCAAAUUAAGAACAACAAGGUAUCCCUCAAAGCUUCCCCGCCAUUGGCCGAAGCACCAAAAGUUCACAUCGGUGAUAUCACCCUCUCAUCACCUCCAUCAUACAAGCCGGGUGAACAAGUUGCCACCCGUCUCGCUUACGGCACUGCUUUAAAAAAGAUUGCGGAUACGAACAUGCGUGUAAUAGCUCUCGAUGGCGAUACCAAAAAUUCAACGUUCAGCGACAAACUCCGCAACGCAUACCCUGAUAGAUACAUAGAGUGUUACAUAGCGGAACAGAACCUGGUGGGCGUGGCGACGGGCGCGGCGUGCCGGGACCGCGCCGUCGUGUUCGCGUCCACCUUCGCCGCCUUCUUCACGAGGACAUUCGAUCAGAUCCGCAUGGGUGCCAUAAGUCAGUCUAACAUUAACCUGGCCGGUUCCCACUGCGGCGUCAGCAUCGGAGAGGAUGGUCCCUCGCAGAUGGGCCUUGAAGAUUUAGCUCUGUUCCGCGCCGUGCCCACCGCUACUGUCUUCUAUCCGUCAGAUGCAGUAUCAACUGAACGUGCUGUAGAGUUGGCAGCGAACACUAAAGGCAUCUGCUACAUUCGCACAUCCAGACCUAAUACUUCCAUGCUCUAUCCCAAUGAUGAGCCCUUCAAGGUGGGUCAAGCUAAAGUAGUCCGUGAGUCUGGUAAAGACAAGGUGUUAUUGAUUGGCGCCGGAGUCACUCUACACGAGGCCGUCGCUGCUGCUGAUAAACUAAAGGAAGAAGGCGUGGAGGUCCGCGUAUUGGAUCCAUUCACCAUCAAACCCCUGGACGAGGCCGCGGUGGUGAAGCACGCGCGCGCCGUCGGGGGACGAGUCGUCGUCGUAGAGGAUCACUAUCAAGCCGGUCAGUAUGUCUGUCUGUCUCACAAUAACAUAUAACACAUGUAUCAGAAGUUUGCAAGUCUCGAA